AUGACCAACAGCGAAACCGGUAUCUCGGAUCUGGACGAAGCACUCCAAGAGCCUCGUGUUUACGAUAAUGCGUUGAUUGGAAACGAGAACAGUGGUGAAUCUGGCUUGACAAGCGACACCGAUCCGUUGGCCAACGCUGCUCCAACGGAGCUCCAGCGGACGGACGUCAGCGAGCAGCGACAGGUCUGCGUCCAAUCCCAACCCCAGCUUCACCCCACGGCGCAUGCAGAUACAGACGCAGCAGCCAGCAAGCACCGGCAGGAUCAUAAUGCAGCAACACUCCUAACCUUUAGCGACGUGUCUAGCGAUUUAUCUCACCUGCCUUUCAAUUCCUCCGCUUCUGACCUUGGAGUCACUGCUUCCUCCUCGCUCCCAACCCUCCACAAUAAUACGUCCCGUCGCCCUGCCUCGCGCUCGUCCUCUUCGCAUUCAACGACGCGACACGACAGUUUGUGGUCAACGCCGAAUGUAACACUUGCCGCAACCCCAUCCACCUCACGAUCGGCAAUCCGAAAACCAUCCCCAGGCCUGGCGGCGCGGCUUAAAGCACUUGGAUUCGGCACCGGAGAAAAGCCCUCGACGACAACGACAACAGCCCCUCUCGAUAGCAUCGGUCGCCUCAACGAGGAUCAGCUCCGCGAACUCGACGAGAAACUGCAACAAGGUUCUACCAAAUCCGUGGUCGUCAGGCGCGGCCGCCCUUGGAAGGGCGCUGGUGCGUUAACCAUCUUUUCUCGAAAACCCGACCUCGAAGAGAAUACUUCAGACUCGCUUGUCGACGGUGGGGCCUCGUGUCAACUUGAACAGUCACAGCCCCAGCUUCCCGACAUUGAGCUGCCGGAGCCCUUGGCCAUGGACACGCAAAAGUACCGUUUGCCUGACCAUGCCAACGGCAAUGGCACAAAGUCGAUACCCGAAGUUCGUCGAGAGCACAUCGAGCGGGACACGCAACCACCUCCAGUAGCGCGAGAGGAACCCGAUAAACCUCCAACACCGCCCCCGAAAGAAACUCUACCGCCAGUGACACCGCCAUCAACUUCAGCUUCAAACGACUUCACACCUGGGCUAGGGUCCUACUUCACACCUGGCCACAACCGUCCGGGAUCGAUAUAUACACUUUCGCGUGCCUCUUUCGCCAACCAACUUGCACAAUUAACCUCUCUACAAUUACCAGAUGCUGGCUCUUUAUCCGAGAAGGUGUCGGCGAUUCCGACAGCGACAGUUGCUGCCAAGGCCCUGAUCAACGCCGCCGACCAGAUUCGGAGUUGGAUCUCAAAGGCAUCCGAGGUCAUUUCUGGCUUGGACAGCGAUGACGAUGUGGAAUGGUCGGCAGCUGGAGGCAGGGAAGGAUUGACUGAGGUUGAGAACGCGAUCGUUCGGUUCGAAGAUUUGAUCAACGUCUAUGUCGGCGCCAUUGAGAGGCUUCAGUCUCGAAAAGAUAUCCAGGAAGUGCCCGCUGAAGAUUUGAGACGCGCUGUGAGUCAAAUGGAAGCCAUUGUAGGAGAAUGGAGCAGCAUUCGGUCAACACUCCAUAAUGUUCGGGGCCAGGUGGAAAUCGCUAUGGAAUGGGAAGAGCUCUGGAACAACGUUUUGGGCGACAUUCAAAGCGAGAUGGACGAACUGGCCCGCCUAGUCUUCGAGAUGGAGGAAAGGAGACACAAAAGCAUCGCAGCGGCAGCGGCAGGCGACGGCGUGGACAUUGGUGAUCUUGAGACAAUCAUCGAGGAUACUCCGCCGCAAAUCACCAAGAGCAAAGCGAACAACCGCCUGAGCAUUCCUCUUUUCUCGAUGAGUCCAGGCUCGCCCGGCGCUCCGAACACUCCGGGCGCGCCUACACUGUCGCAGGAUGAUUCAAGUCUUCUGGCGUUGUUUGCUCGCAUGCAGCCUUUGAGAGCUUCGCUUGAUUUCCUGCCCAUGAGACUCUCGGUAUUCCAGACUCGAGCCGAGCAUGCAUUCCCGACUGCGUGCGAGGAGCUAGAGAUGCGAAGAACAGGGCUGGACGCGAGCUACAAGAAACUCGAGAAGGAUGCCGAAUCGCUACGCAAAGAGCUUGGUGAGGACCGCUGGGUCAUUGUGUUCCGCGGGGCGGGAAGACAGGCUCAGAAGAUGCAUGAAUCAGUCGAAAGAUCCCUGGCCAAGCUACGCGAGGCUAUGGAUGCUGAGCCUCAGAUGACCAGUCCGGCGCUGAUCAAGAAGUUGGAGAGCUAUGAGGCCAAAAAGACACACUAUGGCCCUGCCAUUGAGCGAGUUUUGUCAAUCAUUGAUAAGGGCGUCAAGGAUCGCAUUACAGUCAAUGGUGAGAUCCUGCGUCUGCACCUUGAUUUGGAGGCACGGUGGUCGUCACUCAAAGAACAGACACGCGAAAUGGAUGCUGCUUGCGAGGAGCUCCACGCUGAGCGAAAGAGCCAGCAGCUUCGCGAUUCGGUCUCAACCAUGCUUUCGAGCGACAGGUCCCCACUGGGAAGCAGCCAGGCCACUCCUGGCAGUUCGCCGCCGUCGUCCGAAAUCAUGACCAGCCUGGGUGUCGAACCGUAUGCACCUCAUUCCCAGGGCCGAUCGGGGAACACUCGCAAUGAUGGAGUCGCAUAUCGAAGACAGUCAUCUCUGCCAGCUCCCGCGUACGCUGCCAAAAGAGGUGGCGCCUCGCGUCUGGCCACAGUCUCUAGUUCAUCGUCUACCACCCCUAGGCCAGCGAGCCAGAUUCAGCGUCCAAGCUCGACUCUAGGCUAUCGGCCGAGGUGGAACACGUCAACCAACACCUCGUCCAUUGACACUGGGCAUCAUUUCAAACCGCUGAGCCUGACGACACCAAGCCCCUACGCAAAGAACUCACCUCACGCGCAGCGCUCUGUGUCGUCAUUUACACCUGGGUCAACGAGCACAUCCAAACUACCUAUGUACCGUAGCCCGCUCAGCAGGGCAACGUCGGAAUCACCAAAGGUCGAUGAAACUCCCACUAGAACUGGGCACUCUCGACUUUCUUUCCGCGAACGCCUGACAACCCCCAAGCAACACCAGCCAAUGCAGCAACCACGCUUGGCGGUACAAGGAUCAAACGCCUCGGUCGAUUCGGCCGGUUCAUCGACCUCUUCGAACCGCAGGGCUUCAUUUCAACCGCCGAGAGCUCUUUCUUCCAUGGAGGAGGCCCAUCCCAGCCGGCCAGCGAGCUCGCUGGCAUCGACAUCGCGUAGGACCAGCCUACUGCCGCAAGCGAAACCUACGAAUACGGCUCGCCGAGAAAGCAGUACCGGGCGAGCCAGCCCCCAGGCCUUGACAGCUUCUCGUUUAGCGAUGCGACGAAAAGAAGCUCCACCCAAAGACAACAAACCCGUAUGGAGGCACUAA